AUGCAAGUUGAUCAACCGAAUGCGAUGAUUUCCACCACCGAUGCAGACGGGGACUUUUGCCUGUUGGAUUUCUCCUCUGGGCCGUUUCGCCCCUACUUAGACGACCUGGAAGAUCCGUCGUCUCCCAGACCAUCCAUAUCGGCGCCGUGCUUAGCGUUGACACCCGAUAAACAUGCAGAAACCAACAGCAGGACUCCCGGGCCCGCGAAAUUCCGACACCAAGCCUCCAUGCAACCGGAUUACAUGCACGCGUCACUGCGCCCAGCUGCACCUGCCCGUCAAUGA